AUGACUCCAGAAAGACAAGGUCCCCGUACAUGGGAAACACACAGGAAGAGAGAGAAACCCAUCUCAAAGUCAAAUGCUCCACAGAAAACCUAUGCAAAACAGAAACUCUACAAAUGUCAGCAAUGUGAGAAGGCCUUUUGUCACAGCUCAACACUCCUUGAACACCAGCGGACGCACACAGGAGAGAGACCCUACAAAUGCCAUGACUGUGGGAAAGGGUUCGGCAACAGCUCGGCAUUCACCAAACACCAGAGGAUCCACACUGGGGAGAAACCCUACCAAUGCCCUCAGUGUGGCAGGACGUUCAACCAGAUUGCACCACUAAUCCAGCACCAGAGAACUCACACUGGGGAGAAGCCCUACGAGUGCAGUGAAUGUGGGAAAUCCUUCAGCUUCAGGUCUUCCUUCAGCCAGCACGAGCGGACUCACACUGGCGAGAAACCCUAUGAGUGUGGUACAUGUGGGAAAGCCUUCCGGCAGAGCAUUCACCUCACGCAGCACCAGCGCAUCCACACAGGGGAGAAGCCCUAUCAGUGUGGAGAAUGCGGCAAGGCCUUCAGCCACAGUUCAUCGCUGACCAAGCACCAGCGCAUCCACACGGGGGAGAAGCCCUACGUGUGCCAUGAGUGUGGAAAAGCCUUCACGCAAAUCACACCACUGAUCCAGCACCAGAGGACCCACACGGGAGAUAAGCCUUACGAGUGCAGCGAGUGUGGGAAAGCCUUCAGCCAGAGCACUCUGCUGACAGAACACCGCAGGAUUCACACCGGGGAGAAGCCCUACGGGUGCAAUGAGUGCGGAAAAACCUUCAGUCACAGUUCCUCCCUGAGCCAGCACGAGCGGACACACACUGGGGAAAAGCCCUACGAGUGCCGCCAGUGUGGCAAGGCCUUUCGGCAGAGCACACACCUAACACAGCACCAGAGAAUCCACACUGGGGAGAAGCCCUACACAUGCAGAGACUGUGGUAAGGCCUUCAGCCACAGCUCCUCCCUGACUAAACACCAGCGCAUCCACACAGGGGAGAAGCCCUACGCAUGCCUGGUGUGUGGUCGGGCCUUCAGCCAGCUGGCUCCCCUCAUUCAGCACCACAGAAUCCACACAGGAGAGAAGCCCUAUGAAUGUGCUGAGUGUGGUCGGGCCUUCAGCCAGAGCUCCCUUCUCAUCGAACACCAGCGGAUUCACACCAAGGAAAGGCCCUACGGGUGCAAGGAAUGUGGGAAAUCCUUCAGUCACAGCUCGUCAUUGAGCCAGCAUGAGCGCACACACACGGGGGAGAAGCCCUAUGCAUGUCAGGACUGUGGCAAGUCCUUCCGGCAGAGCACCCACCUGACGCAGCACCAGAGGAUCCACACCGGGAGAGGCCCUACAAGUGCAAGCACUGUGGCAAGGCCUUUACCCACAGCUCUUCUCUGA